AUGACGCCCCCCACACUACCAUUACCCCGGGGUUGCGGCUACCCCAUGACGCCCCCCCACCACCCAUACGGGGUUGCGGCUACCCCCAUGACGCCCCCCACACUACCAUACCCCCGGGGUUGCGGCUACCCCCAUGACGCCCCCCACACCACCAUACCCCGGGGUUGCGGCUACCCCCAUGACGCCCCCCACACUACCAUACCCCGGGGUUGCGGCUACCCCAUGACAAUACCCCGGGGUUGCGGCUACCCCAACGCCCCCACACCACCAUACCCCGGGGGUUGCGGCUGCUCCCCAUGA